GUAUUUUGCCGACAACUAGCUCUCGCAGCUGUUGUAAUUGCUGCUGCGGGUGAAACUGGAGCUGCUAUAGUCCGUGCGUCCGCCCUCCCGCUUUGAGAAGAGCCACCGCUUCUCUCGCUCUCCCUAUACAUCUAUAGCCGGGAGCGGUGGCAGCAACAGUCCCUGGACCCAACGCCUUCUCCUCUCAUCAGACGGCCGCUUUGCCGGUCAUCCCGUAGUCCGGUAGCUGACGGCGACCCCCUGCUCCUAACCGGCUCCUCACUACAAAUCCUCUGUUCCCUCCUCGUCCUCACGCGGGACCCACCUCCCCACGGUCUAGCCGGGUGGAGAACGACGACGAGGCGACAAGAGUCACCCUCCCAGGCGGUGUCGGCCCCCUCAUUCGCGGGUGUGUUCUGUAAAUGGCGUCGGAAAGCGACACCGAGGAAUUCUUUGAUGCCCCUGAAGAUGUGCACCUAGGGGGUAGCUACCCUGUAGGGUCUUCAGAAAGGGUUGGAAUUUCAACAUUAGAGGAAACAGAGAACACUGCACACAAAGUUGGAAAUGAGUCCCCUGUACAAGAAUUGAAACAAGAUGUAUCUAAAAAGAUUAUCGAAAGUAUUAUUGAGGAGAGUCAGAAAGUACAACAGUUUGAAGAUGACUCUUUGGAUUCCAAAGGAAAAGGACAGUCUGAUCAGGCUACUGCCAGUCCUCUCGUGACUGGAACAGAUCUUAGCAAUAUACCUGGACUAUUAGCCAUAGAUCAAGUACUGCAGGAAGACUCCAAAAAGGCAGAGAGUCAGAAUGCAUUUGAAGAAACUGAAUUAGAAUCAAAAAAACAUUUUUCUUCUGAUGAUACCUGUGAGAAGACAGUAGAUGAAACCACUAAGUUAACUGAAAUAAGUUCAGUUGAGCAGCUCUAUGAACCUGAAAAUGAAACAGAAGUAUUGAACAAGGAAGCAGUGGGAAUCAAAGGAAGUGACAUUCUUGAGUCUGCAUCCUCAGACGCCUCAUCUGCUCAAGAUGUUGCUACUGUGGAAGAAUUGGCUCCUGCCAAACCUCCAAGACAGCUUACUCCAGAACCUGAUAUAGUGGCUAGUACAAAGAAGCCCGUUCCUGCACGCCCACCCCCUCCAACUAAUUUCCCACCUCCUAGACCACCACCUCCAUCUCGACCUGCUCCACCACCAAGAAAAAAGAAAAGUGAAUUAGAGUUUGAGGCUCUUAAAACACCCGAUCUGGAUGUUCCCAAAGAUAAUAUUACAUCUCAUACUCUAACUUCGAACAUGGCUUCAGAGAGUAUAAUCAAGGAUUCUCAGCCUUCUCUUGAUUUGGCAAGUGCUACCAGUGGAGAUAAAAUAGUUACUGCCCAGGAAAAUGGAAAAGCACCUGAUGGGCAGACAAUAGCAAGUGAAGUGAUGGGCCCUCAGAGACCUAGAUCCAACUCUGGGAGAGAGCUUACUGAUGAGGAAAUUUUAGCCAGUGUAAUGAUUAAGAACCUGGAUACUGGAGAAGAAAUACCUUUGAGUCUUGCAGAAGAGAAACUGCCAACAGGUAUUAAUCCUCUCACUCUACACAUCAUGAGAAGGACUAAGGAAUAUGUAAGUAAUGACGCGGCACAGUCAGAUGAUGAAGAGAAGUUACAGUCUCAACCAACAGAUACUGAUGGUGGAAGGUUAAAACAGAAAACGACUCAACUAAAGAAGUUCCUAGGAAAAUCCGUAAAGAGAGCAAAGCACCUUGCUGAGGAAUAUGGUGAACGUGCUGUAAAUAAAGUUAAAAGUGUUAGAGAUGAAGUGUUUCAUACUGAUCAAGAUGAUCCUUCAUCAAGUGAUGAUGAAGGAAUGCCAUACACAAGACCAGUUAAAUUCAAAGCAGCACAUGGUUUCAAAGGACCUUAUGAUUUUGAUCAGAUCAAAGUGGUGCAAGAUCUUAGUGGUGAACAUAUGGGGGCUGUUUGGACCAUGAAAUUUUCUCACUGUGGCCGGUUACUUGCCUCAGCUGGACAAGACAAUGUAGUGAGAAUAUGGGCCUUAAAAAAUGCUUUUGACUAUUUCAACAAUAUGCGAAUGAAAUAUAAUACUGAAGGACGUGUGUCCCCAUCACCUUCUCAGGAAAGUCUAAAUUCUUCAAAAUCUGAUACAGAUACAGGGGUAUGCAGUGGAGCUGAUGAAGAUCCCGAUGAUAAAAAUGCACCAUUUCGACAACGGCCAUUUUGCAAAUAUAAAGGACAUACUGCUGAUCUCCUUGAUCUUUCAUGGUCUAAAAACUACUUUCUGCUUUCUUCUUCGAUGGAUAAAACAGUCAGGUUAUGGCAUAUUUCCAGAAGAGAAUGCCUUUGCUGUUUUCAGCAUAUAGAUUUUGUCACUGCCAUAGCUUUUCAUCCAAGAGAUGACCGGUAUUUUCUAAGUGGGUCAUUGGAUGGAAAGCUUCGCCUUUGGAACAUACCUGACAAAAAAGUAGCUUUGUGGAAUGAAGUAGAUGGUCAAACAAAAUUGAUCACAGCUGCAAAUUUCUGUCAAAAUGGCAAAUAUGCAGUGAUUGGGACAUAUGAUGGCAGGUGCAUUUUCUAUGAUACAGAGCAUUUGAAAUACCACACGCAAAUACAUGUUCGAUCUACCAGGGGACGCAACAAGGUUGGAAGAAAAAUUACUGGCAUUGAGCCUUUACCGGGAGAAAAUAAGAUACUGGUAACCUCAAAUGACUCCAGAAUCAGACUCUAUGAUCUCAGAGAUUUGUCACUUUCCAUGAAGUAUAAGGGUUAUGUCAAUAGCAGCAGCCAGAUCAAAGCAAGUUUCAGCCAUGAUUUUAGUUACCUCGUUAGUGGCUCAGAAGAUAAGUAUGUUUAUAUCUGGAGUACUUACCAUGACCUAAGCAAGUUUACUUCAGUCAGGAGAGAUCGUAAUGACUUUUGGGAAGGUAUUAAAGCACAUAAUGCAGUUGUUACAUCGGCCAUCUUUGCUCCAAACCCAAGUUUGAUGUUGUCUUUGGAUGUGCAACCUGAAAAGUCAGAAAGUGAAGAUACUGAAGUUUUAGAUACCAUGCCGUCUGGUAUUAUGAAGACAGAUAACACAGAAGUUCUUCUCUCUGCUGACUUCACUGGAGCAAUCAAAGUGUUUAUUAACAAAAGGAAAAAUGUAUCUUAAUUUAAAAUGCCAUUUAAAAUAAACCUAUCAGUAACUUUCUAUAUGUAUCAGAACUGAAAAAAAAAUAUUAUAGUGUUCUAGGCUAAUAUCCUUUUUUAAAUUUUUUUUGGAAGUUGUUCAAAUAUAAUAUAUUUUUUAGAGGCAGUGUUAAUUGUCUAGUUAACCCUGGACUGAUAGACUAGAAAGGAAUGUGGCUAGAAUAACAUUGCCAAACAAUAGGCUUUACGUUUUGUUAUAUUUGUGUUUUUGUUACAUAAUUGUGAACAUGCACAGGUUUCUGCAUGAAAAUAUAUUAAUAUAUUAAUCCCAUGUGUGUGCCUUUUGGUUACAUGCACUAAAUCUUAACAAAGUUAAAUUAUUUCAAUGGCUCUUUUGGCCUCUUAUUGGGGAAGGAGUCUUGUUUCUAGCUUAAACAAUUUAUUUUGCACAAAAUUUCAUUUUUAAGAAAAGUGGUAUCUUUUGACUGAGUUAUUGUUUUAAAAAUGUUAUAUAGGUUUUCAGUAGGUCAACAACCAUGUGUAAAUGGUUUUUAUAAAUUUCUCAAUUUGGGGACAAGAUUUUUUUUGUGGUCUAAAUUGUGGACUUAAGAUUCUUUUCUGUAUGUGUAUAUAUAAUUUUUUUUUCCACACUGGAGCACAAUGUUUCUAUGUAAAGAAUUUUUUUCAUUCUUUAUCCAUGAGCACCAGGCUUUGCUCACUUAAAAAAAAAUUAAGCCACAUUAAGGAGUGAAUCUUCUUUUUUACAAUAAUGUAAAAAUGAACUGUUUACAUUUUUUUAAGGCAUUGUAGUUUUAAAAACUAAGCUGUUUUAUUUUGUGUUGUUGAAUUUGAAAGCCUUUGUAAAUAUUGAUACACUGUACCAAUGAAAUAACAUCUGGGGCAAUGGUACCCUGAUCAUGUUGUUGAUGGUUAGCAUAUGUUUCUGAAAAUUAAAUAGUUUAUUAAAAGUUGGUCACCAACACUUGUU